UCCGUGCAAGAUUAUGGUUUACUUUUUAACAUGAAUGCGAGGUGGAUGCCUAUAAUUAUAACCACGAGGUUCGCCAUACUCCGAAAGACGAAAAUGGAAACCACACUGGUUCUGUACGCCUCACCGGAGCAUCAAAAUUGCAUGUUACCCUUCGCCAAAUUCCUCGCCAACCACCGCCCUUCCCUCCCCGUCGUUUUUAUCUCCGCCGUUGAAUUACCCAUCGUCGACGACGCUCCUUCGAUCACUUACCGGCGGCUCCCCCCGCCGGCUACCCUCCCUACCUCGACCUCCGAUCCGGUUGCUCUCCUGUUCGAAAUUCCUCGCCUGAGCAACCCUAGCCUCCGCCAAGCCCUGCUAGAGAUCUCCGAGAAAUCCACCAUCGGAGCAGUUGUCAUCGAUUUCUUCUGCAGCGCUGCGUUUGAAGUUACGACGAGCUUGAACAUACCUACCUACUUUUUCGCCUCUUCCGGCGGUUUUGCGCACUGUGCUUUUCUGUUUGCUGCGACGAUCGACGAAACUGUGGAUGGAGACUUAGCAGAUCUGAACGAUUUUCUCGAAAUUCCUGGAUGUCCGCCGAUUCAUUCAUCGGAUUUCCCCAAGGCUCAACAGUUUCGUAAGAACAAUGUUUACAACCACUUUGUGAGCGCCGCCGUGUACGCGCAGAAAUCGGCCGGAGUUAUUGUUAAUUCGUUCGAAGCGCUCGAGAAUCGGGCGAAGGAGGCGAUGGCGAAUGAUCUGUUGGUUCCGGACGCGCCGACUCCGCCGGCGUACUUCGUCGGACCGUUUCUAUCGGAGUACAGUGGCGGAGGGGAUGAGUGUUUGCGGUGGCUGGAUUCGCAGCCUACUAAGAGUGUUGUUUUUCUCUGUUUUGGAAGACGAGGAGUUAUUUCUGCUGAGCAAUUGAAGUUAAUGGCAAUCGGAUUGGAGAACUCCGGCCACAGAUUUCUGUGGACGGUGCGAAAUCCGGCGGGGAAGGGCGGCGGGGAGCCGGAGCUGGAGGCGUUGCUGCCGGAGGGGUUUCAAGAAAGGACGAAAGGGAGAGGUCACGUGAUAAGCACGUGGGCGCCGCAGAGGGACGUGCUGAGUCACGAGUCGGUUGGGGGAUUCGUGACGCACUGUGGAAUGGUGUCGGUCAUGGAAGCGGCGGCGGCCGGAGUUCCGAUGAUCGGCUGGCCGCUCUACGCUGAGCAGAGGAUGAUCCGUGUUUUCGCGGUGGAGGAGAUGAAGCUCGCGCUGCCGCUGGAGGAGGCGCCCGGCGGAGUCGUGACCGCCGUCGAGUUGGAGCGGCGGAUUAAGGAGCUGAUGGAGUCCACCGCCGGCCGCGCUCUGCGGCGGCGCGCCGCCGAGAUGAAGAAGUCGGCGGAGGCGGCGACGAGGGAGAAUGGAUCCUCGGUGGUGGCCCUCCAUCGAUUUAUUACAGAUGUGACCAUGAAAAAGUUGUAA